AUGAAUUAAAAAAUAAUCAUUUACAAGCCAUAAAAUAAUUGCUUCCAAAUAACCUUAGAUAAAAUUAUUGAUUCUAAAGAUGCUAAUGAAUCUUUCAAAUAUAUAUUUGAUUAAUACUAAAAUAGUUAAGAAUUAUUGGAUAAUAAGUAAGAAAUUUAGUAUAAAAGGUUUCCAUUUUCAACUAACCUUAAAGUAGCUAAGAUUAAAAAGAUAUUUGCAUAUGGAGCAUCACUAGACGUUUAAUAUUAUUAUGAUGGAUUAGAUGGAGAAUAGCUAGAGAUUACUUACAUUACUAAUUAGAAUAAAUUAGAUGAAGGCUUUGAAGAGGCUUUCGAAGUAGGGUAGGAUUUGAAAAAUUUAGAAGUUUCUAUGCUUAAAAAAGUGUUUUUCAAUCUAAUAGAAAUAUUUUAUUGGUCUGCAAACUUUGGGUACUUAUUUUUAAUUUCUAAUUAGAUUAUUUUUUGACCCUCUUUAGAGUUGUCUCUUUUACUAUAAAGAAUAGGAAUAAUUCUUAUUACUACCAACUUUCACGUUAAUGACUAAACAUAUAUUCUAGUCCAAGGCACCUAAUCUGCUUGAAAAGCUUAUAGAAUUUAGAUUCAAAUUAUAUCAAAAUGCUGUAUAUAUUGUCAUUAAAUCAAGACAUUUAAUUUUCUCUAUAGGUUUUAUUUGAAAUUUCUCAAUCCAAUUAAGAACACAGACGAGGAUUUAUCAUUCUUUGAGGAGUAUUUCAUUAAAGAAGUUGAAAUUUAAAAUUUGGAACCUCAAUUUGAUAAUAAUCAAAGCUAUAAAGGUGCUGAUCACUUCUACAAAGAUCAAAGAUAUUAAAAGAAAUUACCUAGAACUAGGUUUAAGUAAACUAUGUUGCUAUAUUAAUUAUAAAAUAACGAAGAACUUAAGGUGCUCUUUAAAGAAUUUAAUUAAAAGGAUUGCAAUUUAAUUGCUUAAAAUAAAGAAGCUUAAAAUAAAGAAGCUUAAAAUAAAGAAGCUUAAAAUAAAGAAGCUUCAAAUAAAGAAGCUUCAAAUCUUCUAGAAUUCCAAUUCAAUAAUUUGACCUAAUUUUUUAGUAAAUUACCUAAAGUGAUCAAAUCUCAUAGUUAUGAGAUAUUUGGAAAGUUUAUGAACACUAUGUAUGAAUACUUGAAAUCCAAGAACACAGACGAAAAUAAAAUAGAUAUGGCACCAUAUUCCAAAGUUGUUCACAAUUAACAUAAAAUCGAAAUAUUUAGUAAACCUGAAACUAAGGAUUAAUUUCAAUUUAAUUGGUCGAGUUCAAUAAUUAGAAUCAAUCGAUAAACUAUGGAUCAGAAGGGUCAAUAAAUGAUCCAUGAAGAUUUAAAGAUACCAUACAUGAUGACGUACAAAGAAUCGUAGGCAUCCAAUAAUGGCAAUUCACAAUCUGACUAAGCUAUAUUACUGAAAACACACAUUUCUGAAAUCUAAUUUUCAAUAGAUACAGCAGAUGACAUUAUUUAUUUAGCCAAUAUGCUCAUCAGAGAACCCACACCAAUGAAUAUCUAUGUCGAUUAAUCCAGAAAACUAACCAUAGCAACCACAAUUUAAACAGUAGAUUAUUUAAUAUUAUUAAAGCCGUGUCCAAUAGGCAUAUUUAAAAUUGGCAUUAGAAUCUUUGAUAUGUUCCAAAUCUACUAUCACAUGAUACUUGAUUUUUAUCACUAAAAUAUAUUAUUAGGGAGGCCUGUGAAUGAAAAGAAAUAUUAGGCAUUUGCCAAUGAGAUUCAGCAUUAUAUUUUAGAUUACGAGGUUGAUUUUGAUGAACAAAUGAAAAUGCUGGAGCCAGUGCAAGUAAAACAAUAAUGA